CGACGAGAUCAACAAGAAUCAGUGAGCACACAAACCCAAACCACCACCAGAUUUGUUUUUCUUGUGUAUGUAUUGGUGGGUGAUGCAGGGUACCCUGUGAUGUGCUGCUUAUAGCAAUAUCGUCUUAGCGCUAGCAAACUACAGUAGUUCUGUGAUGCAGAGGAUCUCGGAUACAACCACGCUGCCAUUUGCUAUGCACUACCUACGUUCGCGGAUAAUGGAGGAGCUGGAUACUUCGCACCUGACCGAGAGGCUGCUGCAAGGGUGGAGCAGGCUGGACGACGCUGAAGUAGUCAUCUUCGUCGGCCCCGUCACUGCGUACGCAUACUCCUUCAAUUUUUCCCUCCUACUGCUCAAAGGAAUAGGAACGUUUCCCGCAAAAAAAAGGAAUAGGACUGUGCUCCUCCCAAAAGACAAAAGCAAGAACAAUAAAAAUCCAGCACCAACAAUGAAUAGCCGGAGUAAACAAAACAAGCAGACCAAAUCGUGUCGGCCCUCGAGGAAGGGUUGCAGUGUCGAGGAGCAGCAGGUCACGGUGGAUGGUUUGAGAGGAGGGAGGCAGAGCAGAGACAAACGGCGCAUUCCGUCAUGCAUGGUGCGUAGACAGGACUGAUGUUGCUCAAAUGCGAGCAUAUGUGCCCGUGUUGAAGGAGUUUUGCCCUCUGUCUAUGACUCAAGUGUCAAUGAUGCCUCUCCAUAUUAUUGCUACCAUGUCUUAUUUGUUUUGGUUGCUCAGCAAAUGUUUUGUUGUACAAGAAUUAGACGACACUGGACCUGUAUAAUUAUGGGCUACUCAUGCAGUUUAUUAUUUAAGUUUCGAAUGAUGUUAUCUGUUUCUAUUAUGCAUGCUUCACAUAAAUGUUUCCAUCAAACAUUCCCUGUGAUCAUAUCUCCAGAACUUACAAGGAUUUCCCAAUGGAUCCUGUACACAUUCCACCAAUGCUUAUUCCUUUCUUUCUAAUAGGAUUGUAAAUAUUCUGUGUACCAAUCUACCCCUAAAUAUAUUUAUGUUCACUCUCACAAUAGAUGCCUUACUCUCGCCCCUUGCGCCAUUGGCGCAACGUGUCAUCUAGUAUUAUCAAAAGGUAAAUGCCCUUAUUAUUCAGCUCUGUCAGAUAAAUACUCGUCGAAAGUGGGCUCCUAUCAAAAUUCAUUUCCAUUAUAAUCUUACUCAUACAAUAUUCACACCAUGUAAUUCUGGAAAUAUAUGCUCAUAUCUAGUUCUGCAUAAAAAAUGACAGCAUUGACAUGUUAUAAAUAGUUUGUUUGUCUUUUUGUUU